UCGGGGGUUCUAGCCAAAUUUACACGCACACAGCAACCAUUCAAUAAACAAAUUCCAUUUCAUCUACCAAGUAAUACAGCCGCAAUCAUGGAGAACUCCGAAUACCCGCAGAUGCCAGGUCGUAUACGCCCACGUCCACGCCGAGAUUCAUGGUCCAACGCAGACUUCUCGCCCCCAAGCCAGCCUUACGGGGCAGAUAGUCCUGGAGGUCUUCAGGAGCGGAUCACCGUCCUCACCGAACAGAAGAAGAUGUUGGAGGAUCAAGUUCGGAUGGCCCAGAGAGCUAUGCCCGAUAAGGAAUGGUUCGAAUAUUUUAUAACCGCCACGGCAAACGCGGCCGCGAACCAAGCAACCCGUCGAAUUCCUACACAGGGCCAGGCCGGGGCCUUCCCGAUGAAUAUGCGCAGUCGGAUGCCGCUGCCAAGUGCGACGGAGGCACCACACUUGCGUGCUGAGGGUACAGACAUAGAGAUAGUGGAUUUCUUUGACGACCUCGAACAGU